AGUGGGCAUGGGAUGGAUGGGACCUAGAGUGAUGCUUAUAUCCGCGAUGUUUUCGCCCCCCUCUAUUUUUUUUCCCCGGGUCUUCGUUUUUUACCUACCUACUUCUUUUUAAUCGAAUGGUUCGUGUUGAAUGUUGGGGUUUGUUGUUGUUGUUGGUGUUUACGAUGUAUGGCGUGGUUUGGCAUCCUUUUGAGUGUUGGGAGGCGGGGUGGGGCGAGGGUGCGAUUGUGUUGGGGGAGAAGAGGAAGGCUGGGAGAGGGGAGGAGAGGGGGUGUGCUUAAUGAUAGGAGUGGUGUAGUGAAAAAUUUAUGGAGGCCUUGUCGAUAUCGGCUACCCUGCUGUGCUGUGCUGUGCUCUCCUCCUAAUCCUCGUUUGCUCUCACCACUGUUUGCCAGCCGGAAACCUCGCACGGCUAGCUGUCCAGAAACCCAAUGCGGGAAAAUGCAUUGCUAUGGAACAAUAAUGAGGAUGAUUGCGGGGUAGACAAGGGACAACGUCUCGGGUGUCAAUUUCCUG